AUGGACAGCUGUUUUCCUGCUCCGAUAUUCUCUGCUAACAGAUUUAAAGCUCUCAACUACAUUUUUGAGAUCAACACUAGUUUGAAAGUAAUGAGGAACCUUCUGGCUCUACCAGCUCCUUAUGUUGCCGAUAGCACUGACCAGUACCCUCACAGUGGUAAACUGCCUGAUGUCACUUACAGGAUGCCAUGGAUCAGGGGAAAGGUGAUUUCUACCUGCAAACUCUUUGUCAGUGGUUCAGUGCUGGAUGACCUGAGAGAAAAAAUGCAACCAGUGAAUUCACUUGAAAGGUUUAAUGUGACUCCAAGUGAGUUGAAAGGGGAUGUGGAGGUGAUACCCAGCUCUAAUCCCGACUCCCUGACAGAUCUAGACCUGGAUGAGUUUGUUUGCCUGAAUGAGUCAUGGAUCGAUGAUCCAUGUCAGGAGUCAUUUAAGAAGUGCACUACAGACCAGAUGAAAACUGAAAAUGACAAAGAUCUUCUCCUGCCGGAAGUGCUCUUGGUUGUGAAUUACCUGCCACAAUUUAAGAGACAUUUGCCCACAUUAAAGGCCAAGCUCUCCCGACUGAGGACUCUACCUGUGGCUGACCCUCUGCUUAGCUCAACAGGUCAAACUAUAUCUGAGGACACCAUAUUCAGACACUGUACACCUUAUGAAAAACCUCCUGACAUAAACACUCCUGACAAUGAGACGUGUGCACACAUUCUCGAAGAGUUUGGUAAAGAAUCACUAAUGCAGGAAAAGUCCCUGAUGAUGCCAGUUGUAUUUGACACACUGAAACUGUGCCAAGAACACUACACUAAGUUUUCAAGCAUCUGUGUUCAUAUGAACGUUGGCCCUGAACAUCUGGAUGAGCAAUCUUCAGUCUUAGAGGAACUUUGUAAAGGAACCCUUUCAGAUGUCCCAGCAUCUGUGGAAAUUUCCAACUUUGAAGAACCAGAGCAGUCCAGCAGAAAUUUUGAGAUAAGCAAAGGUCUCACAGAGCCAGAUUUAGCAGGCCGUUUGAUGCUUCCUACUGAACUGGAGCUAGAUGUCACUUUUACUGCAACUCCAGACCGGACCAAUCAAACCCAGAUCUGUCUGUCUACAUGUGAACUCAAGAGGCAGGAACUGUCCCCACUCUGCAAACGGUCUUUGUUGUCAGCUGGAGCUCAAAAAGAGAUGAAGGUGGCACUUUGGAAGGCAGAGAAACAUCCAACCUUUGUGGUGGGCUUUCUGUUGACAGAGCCCCAUAGUGAUGAACCUGCUGUCAUUUACCAGCCUCUGUCUGAGGCCUUGAAAGUCAUGAAGUUAGAAAAUCAAAGUAUUAUCAGUGCUGGUGACAAACUGCUGUCAGAGAUGAGUACAGAAGAGUCACAGGUGAAUCUGUACAGCUAUCGUGAGUUUACAGAGAGUAUCAGGUCUGAGUUUCCUUCCAAAGAGCAAGAGGAGACGGAGGAUUUCCAAAGACUGUCACUUGAACAUGUGGAGCUCACAGAAACAUUCAGCCUGAUCAUCCCAACUAAAAAAUCACCUCAUGUCAAGAAAUCUGAAACAGCUCCUCUUCAGACUGAAGUUACUGCAGACUUCAGCCUUCAAAGAGAUUCAAUGACCUAUACUUCACAGAACACCUUUUUGUUGCAGCCUGUCAACAGAGAUAAUAAAGAGGUUAAACAUGCAGCUAACUACAACACCAAAGAUCAACAAGAAAGGCUCUCCGAGGUUUCAACCAUGUCUUCAGCUCAUAAGAGUAGCAUCAAUAUAGUGAGUGAUGACUUUAAGAUAGAGCAGAGCACCCACACCCUUCAGCAGGCAGCUUCCCCCAGACUGAACCUCAGGGACAAUCCCAGAGGUCCAUCAGCUACGAGACGUCCCCCUGAGAAGGACUCAGACCCGCUGUACGCAUUCAUGACGCUCAGAUCUCAGCAGACAGCUCCAGCUGUUGGAGCGACUCAGAACUCAGUCAACACUUCAGCACCAAAGGCAGAGAAACAAACCUCACCUAAACUGCACCCUCUUCUAGAGCCAGAGCAGAUAUCAGACAGAAGGCCAAUGCACAUGUACAGGGCUGUGUCAGGAAAUGCUAGCAGAGGGCAGAAAGCAGCUUUUGAGUCAACAAGUCAACACAUCAAUCAUCCCUUCAGUCAGGAGAACAGAGUAAUACCUGUUCAAGCUACAGACAGCCAGCAGCAUGCCUACUUGGAGCUGCUUGCCUUCACUCAGCCAUGUUUGAGCUCAGCCAGGCAGCUGGGACUUAACGUCCCAGCAGGGGGGGACUUCAGAUGGCUGGCCCCUGACCAAACCCACUUCCUCCUUAAGCAGCAGGAGAAGGCGCUCCACAGGACACACGUACAGAACACAGAGCUGGUCAGAGAUCAGGAUCUUCUGUUUAACAAGGCAGCUCUGAUUCAUGCACUGGUGAUGUGCAAGGAGCUGCUACUGAAGUGUAACCUCAGUACUGCACUGGACUACCUUACCCAGGCAGCUGAGACAUGUGCAGAGCAGAAUCUGCAGCAGCUGGUUAAGAGGCUACAGAUUAUCCUUCAUCUCAGUCAUAACAAUAAGGAGCCAAACCUGAAACUGCUGGAACUGCAGCAGCUGCUGGCUGAAUGGCUGCACGACAGGAAAGAACAGAAAACCAUGAACAAAAUUCUUGUCAUGAUGUCAAUUGACUCUGAUGAACACAGAUCUACAAUAAUCAGCAGCUUGAGCCACGCUCCAAGUGCAGCUGUGACUGCAGUUCUCCCUGAGGAGAAGAAGAAGAAGCUCAAUGGUGCCCAGGUUAUCAGCAGCAUGCACGAGAGUGUGUGUGUCGUGGUGUAUGAGCAACAUGUGGGCCCCGAUUUCCCCUGGAAGUGCUUCUCCCUGGUGGUGGAAUAUGACCAUCCAGGCCAGUCACCGUGGGAAACAGUGUGCAGAGAAAGGGGAAUCAGUCACCUGACUUUCAACACAAUCAUCUCUCACACUGAGGACACAGAAGCAGCCUUGUGGCGCCUGGAGGACAACCUGUCAUAUGUGUUGUUUGUGACUGAGAGGCUUCUCAACUGUCCACUUUUGCUGCAGACCCUCGAAUCAGGGUUUAAUAUAACUGUGCUGGAGAGGAGCCACUGUCCCUCCUUACAGAUGCUUGGAGGGACCCAUCAGUACGCUGUGAUCACUGUGAAUGAAAGCACUGCCAUCGUCAUUCAGGAGGAGGAUGAGCUCUGUCAGGAGCGAGCCAGUGAGCGGGUAGUGAUGCGAUUGACCGCUCUGUCUCUGCAGUACAAUUGCUGCUGGCUCAUCCUGCACUGCCCAGACAGUCCGGGAGGAGGAUUUUCCAGUGAAGCCUUCAGUAACUUGGUGUUAGUUUAUUCCUCUCUGGUCUUGUUCAGUAUGAAGUCAGAGGAUCUAGAUGUGAAGGUGCUGAUUGUGUCUGAGGUGGUGGAAGUGGCUAAAUGGAUCAGCCAGAUCUGCUUCCACAGCCUGAUGGCCAGUGACAGGGACCCUGCUGAAUACCUGAGCAAAGACUGGCUGACUGUGAUCCCCUCAGAGGAAGAAAAGUGUUUGUGUCAGUUUCCGUGUAUUAAUCCUCUCGUCAGUCAGUUGAUGCUUAGUAGAGCACCAACCUUUCAGUGGCUCCUGGGGGCCCCUCUGUCUCAGCUGCAAGAGCUGCUCCCUGAGGUGCCGCAUAAAGUCCUCAAGCUGUUCAGUGAAACCUCCUCCCUGUACACAACCACAGAACUAAAUCAGGUAGUCAUCACUGAGUCAAACCAACAAACCAGACCCCCAAACAGCCCCUGGACCACCACCUCUGGCCCCGGGCAAGUAAACUGUGAUCCACUGCCAAGAACCCCCAUUAGCCCCUAUCUAGAUUUUCCCUGUAGGGACAACCGCUUCCAGUUCAGUGUAGAUGGGGGCUUCUGUGAACUGGACUCAGACUUAUCAAGGCAGAAUGGGAACUCAGAUUUCAGACUCAACCUAAGUUCCUCCUUUAGCAGCCCUGAAGUUCACCUCCAGGAGAGAUGGAGAAGCAGAGAUCCAUGGAGAGAGGAGGAUAGAGGCUGGAUGGAGGUGGAGUUUUCAGGCUGGAGAGGCAGAGCUGGAGCAGUAGGGAAAGCUGUAGAGAGAGCUAAUGACAAGUGGACCCCAACAAAGCCGGGUGGUCUUUUUAACCUGAGCUCUGUGUUGGAGUACAGCCCGGCCAUGCAGCAGCCUGUGGCUGGACACGUAGCCACUUACUCUAUGGUCUACCACAGCCUCCAGGAUCCCAGCAGCCACUGCAAGUUGUACCCGCCUGCAGAGGCUACAAUUUGGGGUCAAAGCAGCUUUGCCAACAGUGGAGAAAUGACGACAGCAUCAGCUAACUACGGCUCUAGAUGCUGGUUAGGACAAGAGAGGAAGAGGAGCAGCGAGGUGGCAGGUUUAGUGGGAACAGUGAUGACUCCGCUAAAGAAAGGAAGACUAAGCUAUGAGAAGGUUCCUGGCAGAAGUGACGGACAGACGAGGUUAAAAUUAUUUUAG